CUUUCCUAUGACAUCUUUCAUGAAUACCUAAACGUACUCCAUAGUAAUUGAAAGAAUGUCUGAAAUUCAGUGAUUAAUAUAUAUUGGACUGCUGAAUAAUAUCGAUGAAGAUCGAUAUAUUACGCAAUAAUUUGAAUAAUUAAGCAAGAAAAGAAACCUUUAAAACAUUACUGUUUUGUUGGCGAUCACGCGAACUAUAUUAAAGAACAUGUCUGAAGUGAUUCAUUCCUAUUUGUAGAAUCUAUACAAACUAAUAAAUACGUUUUUGAGGAUACUAAAAAUACCAGUAGUCAGAUAAAAUUACAUAAUCAGUUGAUUAAUAUUAAUGAUCACCUACAAUCUUCAUCGUCAUCAAUAUGAAAAUGUAUCUUAUAGUGUUGUUUACCAAUCAUAUACAAACAUCAGUUUAAUCCGGAAGAAGCUACGGGUUUUAAACCUGUUGAAAACAAUGAAGCAAUCAUCAAAACGCAGCUCUCGAAUAUCUUCUCGAUGUUUUCAAUCUAUUAUGUUCUUCAGUUUAUCAAUGAUUGGUAUCCAAUGUGCGAGCCCACAAAGUCCAGCAAAAAUUAUCCACUCUCCACUUGAUACAAAGGCAAUAGCCGGAGAAUCAGUCCUAUUUUUCUGCCAAGCUGAAGGUAAUCCUCUUCCCAGAGUUGUCUUCCGAUGGAAUGAUAAUGAAAUCACUCAAAAUCGACCAGGUUUACAAUUUAAAGAAUUAUCCGCAGAUAGUGUUGCUCUACGUGCUAAAUUAGAACCAAAUCACAACGGUGAUACCGUCACGUGUUUUGCACAAAAUCAUGUUGGAUCCGAUUCAGCUACGGCACAAAUUUCUGUAUACAAUGCUAAUGAAACUCCACCAAGAGGAUUUCCAAAAGUUCAUCAAGAUCCUUCAGCAACUAUAAGUCAAGUUGGUGAUUCAACACAUUUACAAUGUGAUGUAUCAGCUGAACCUCAAGCAACAGUCUAUUGGAUAAAGGAUCAAUUUGAAUUGAUUGAUACAAGUCUUCCAAGAUUUCGAAUUGUUGGAUCUGGAUCCCUUGUAAUAGAAACUUUACUUGAAACUGAUUCUGGAGCGUAUGAAUGUAUGGCACGAAAUGAAAUAGGUACAGUAUUAAGUAAUUCAGGCCAUUUGCAUGUACGACAUAAUCUUACAAUUGCAUAUCAUUUUCUUCAACAAAGAGGCAUUCAGUUCCCACCAACAAUUAAUGAAAUGCCUGAAAAAGUUGAAGUAUCCUCUGGUAAAGGUACAAAUUUGACUUGUCGAGCUGGAGGCUUUCCGAUACCUAUGGUUUGGUGGUCAACAUUAGGUACACCAGCUGGACCAAGAGUUUCAGGACCAAUUAUGCUAUCUGAACGUGCUUUAACAGAGCCACAACCACACGAAGCAACACUACGUUUAACAGAUAUCACAGAAUCAUCCGGUUAUAAUUGUAUUGCAAAAAAUGGUCUUGGUCUAGUAAGAAGAAAUGUUAGUGUCAUUGUAAAGCAACUCCCUGCUCCACCAUCAAGUCUAGAUGCACGACCUAUUGGUAGUACUUAUGCUGUAUUACGAUGGCCACCAAGUAUAUCAUCUGGUGUUGAUUCAUACACUGUUAGUUUACAAAUUGAUGAUGGUGGUUUAGGUGAACUUAGCCGUCGUCAAAUAACAAAUAUCGAUCCAUCUGAAAUGAAAUCAGAAAAUUCAUUUAAUAUAUUAGAUACAAAGUAUUCUCAAGAAAAUCCAAUGAUUGUUUAUAAUCUCACUGGUCUUAGUCCAUUUACUUUAUAUUCAGCUCAAGUUCAUGCAGUUAGUCGAGUAGCUGGUUUAUCAUUACCAAGUGAUUUAGUAAAAUUUCGUACAGCAGAACUUGCACCUGGGACACCUCCUCAAGUAUUACAAGCUAUUGUUGAUUCUCCGAACUCUGUAGUAGUAACCUGGAAACCACCAGUCGAAUCCAAUGGUCGUAUCACUGGUUAUAAAUUGUAUUAUACAACUCGACCAGAAGAUUCACUUAACUCAUGGUUAAUUGCUAGAACAACACAAGAGAAAUAUCAAUUAACAAAAUUACUACCGAAUGCAACUUAUUAUAUUAAAGUCAAUGCAUUCAAUGCUGCUGGAGAUGGUCCAGUUAGUGAACAAUUACCAAUUGUAGUUACACCCGGAGUUCCAACCGCACCGACAAAUUUACGAGGUAUAUCACUGAAACCGACAAAUAUUCAUUUAACAUGGACACCACCUGAUGAUAUGUCAAAUGAUAGAAAAUUACUUGGUUAUAGAUUGAGAUUUCGACCUGCCACUACUACCCCUACUGUUGUAGAUCAAAUAAGUGAUAUAAAAUCACCAUUGUCAUCAACAUCUAAUGAAGAAGAAAUUACUAAACAGAAACAAAAGUCAUUCAUCACUGAAACACGUGAUAUUGAUGCAACAGCAACACAGUAUUUAUUAACUGAUCUAGAACCAAGUACACGAUAUUAUUUAAGUUUAGCCGGUAAAUCAAUACACGGUUAUGGAGUAGCUGCUCAAAUUGAAGUUCAAACGAAUGAUUACCCAUUUGAUCUACCUUCACCAAAAAAUGUACAACUACGUACACUGACAAAUGUUAGUGCAAAAAUUUGUUGGGACCAACCAAAUUUACCAGAAUUAAUGUAUUCUAUAAUAUCUUAUGAAAUUUUAUUUGGAUUAUCGAAUGAAUCGAUUAGUCCAUUAAAUGCUACUGGGAUUAUACCAUUACCGCAAUCAAUAUGUUGUUGUUUCACUAUGAUGCAUUUACGCCCCGGUACUGAUUAUCGUAUUUGGUUACGUUUAGUCAGUCAUAAAACUCUGCCAACAACUAUUGUCAAUAAUUAUGAUGAUAAUAAUGGAUUUAUGAAUAAAAAUGUGGCACCAUGGCCGUCGAUCGAUUCAAAGAAUAAAAUCACUGGUCCAGUGUCUGAACUACAGGCAUUUCGUACAUUAAUAAGUGUCCCAAUGAAACCAAGAAAAUUACAUCUUGUGGACAUACACAAAAGAACUCGUUUAACAUCAGUAUUAUCACGAACAGAUCAAGCUGGUGUACAUGGACAAAUAGACCUACCAUAUUUAUGUGUUGAAUUAGCAUGGGAUCCUCCUGAAGGUCUACAUACCACAAAACAAAUCAGUUAUCAAGUAUUUGUUAGACUGAUAGGUCCGCAAGAAUUAAUAGAAGAACUAACAGAUACUACUUUAAGUUCCAGUGAAUUAUAUGGGUCCAGUUUAGAACGUGAAGGUGGCCAUCCAUUAUUACAAAGGAGAUUACUAGCCAAUGUUACUGGAAAUACAUUUAGAUCAUCAGAAAGUGACAGGAUUGGUUAUGGAUUAACCUACUUAUUUGAAGUUGCACUUAUGAAUACAAGUUCAGUAGGUCUUACAGCUCAGUUAGAGGUGACUACACCAGAUGCACCUCCUUCUAGCAGUCCAUUACAUGUUCGCUUAAGUGGUUUAUCAUCAAGUUCCGUUGAAGUUAGCUGGGCUCCACCUCCAGUACAAUAUCGUAAUGGGAAACUUACUGGUUAUGAAGUUAGAAUUUUCGAAGUUGGUGCUGAAACACAAACUGAGACUAUAAUCAAAGUGACAGUACCAGGACAAAGACAAUAUACAGCAAGAGGAUUAAAAGAGAAAACAUUUUAUACAUUUAUGGUUAGAGCAUUUACUUCAGCUGGACCUGGACCUUGGUCUGGUGCAAGUAAUAUACGUACAAGUAUUGAGUUACCACCUCCACCAUUAGAUAUUCAAGCCUCAAGAAUUAACCAACAUCAAAUCAAAGUAACCUGGCGUAUACCGACACGUGAAGAUCAAAGUGGUGUAGGCAGUAAACAAAUCUCAAUACAAGGCUUUCGUCUACUCUAUUCCGCUAAUAAUAAUCCUUAUGAAUCGGGUCAAUGGACGUCAUUUGAUGUUGGCCCAGUUAAUAUGGCCAUUAUAAGCCAUUUAGAAAGUAAAACGAGUUACGUAAUUUGUAUUAAAUCACGUGGACCAGAUGGUCGUUAUGGUGACUGCAGUCAACCGGUAAUUAGUCGACUAGCCAGCGGUAAUGGUGAAAGUGAUUUCUCAGUACGUGGCUUAUUUUGUUCUGGAGAUGAUACUAGUGUGAAGGUUACUUGGCAACAACCUAAACGAACAGAAAAACUAGAAGGCUUUAAAUUGCGUAUUGGUGGCUCCAAGAAAUUCGCUGAUGAUGCUGGUGUAAUUAAACGUUUGGAAUUUCCAGCUCGUAGUGUCAGUGUAACAUAUGCUGCAUUACAUUCUGGUUAUACGUAUACAGUUAGUGAUCUGGAGCCGAAUAGUGUUUAUGACGUACAAUUAAGUGCAUAUUAUGAUUUAACAUUGAAUAUGCAAAGCAAUUGGGAAACAACAAGUUGCUUUACUCAAAUGCAACGUCCACCAUUUGUACCAACACCAAUACCAGUUGCUGUAUCACCAAGUCGAUUACAAGUUUUACUUCAAUUAAGUCGUGUUAGUGAACAAUAUGGAAAAAUACGACAAUAUUUCCUAGUUGUUGCUCCUGUUCACUUAGCUGAUAGUUCAACAGAAAAGAUAAGUAUAGACACAACAAUUACAGCAUCUAGAGGUCUUCCAAGUUCAGAAACACGUUAUGUUGCAGCUCGUUACCUGCAAGAUUAUUUUGAUCCCCCGCCAAGACAUUCUAGAAACUUUACACUUGGUAGUUAUAAUGUAAAAACAAAUCGACCUCAAAGACAUGUUAACUCAAGUCGAAUUCGACGUCAGACUAUGACAACGGAUGAUGAAUUUCUACAUGAACAAGACUCAGAAAUUAUGUUUGACAAUAAAGCUUUAGUUCUUGGACAAGAAUACAAAGCAUUUGUUAGAGCCUGUGUAUUUCAAGAAGAUCAGUCUACUUCUGAUGGCCCAGAAGCAUGUACAUCAUCUGCAUGGUCUCAUGGUUUCGGACCAGAUCGCCAUCUUCCACCAUGGAGCGAAAUGAUGAAUAAGCAUUUAAGAGAUAGCGAAUUCAGAAAUAAAAAUAAUCUAGAUGCAUCUGAUAAUAGGAAUAGUAAUUCAUUAGGAUUUAGCCUAACACGUGGUUUCACGGGAUCAAACAGAGAUCUAUUUAUUAUUGGACUAGUUGCUGUAAUCGUUAGUUUGGCAUUAAUUGUCGUGAUAUGCAUUGCAUUUGGAUGUUUUAUACGUCGUAAACGUCGUCCGAAACUAAUUAACCAUUUAACUCCAAAUGAUUCGACAAUGAAACAACCACUGAUGCGAAUGAACGACUGUGGCCCAGCUAAUGGAAACAGUUUUCCAUUAAUCACAAGUGGAAUAGAAGUAAUAAAUACUAAUUUUACAUCCUCUGUCGACAAACGUGGUAGUUCGGUUGUUGGUAAUGAUAGCUUAAAAAGUGCAACUCUUAUCGCUGCCUCAUCACCAGGACCACCACAAUCCUCAUUAAUUUCGUCAAUCUCAACUACAGGUAGACCAAAUCUGAUCACAUCAGCAACAUCAAGCCCACUUACAGGCAUUGCGCAAUUGGAUCCAAGGCAUCACGUUACUCAAGCUCCUCCAAUAAUUGAUAUGUCGGUACACCAUGGUUAUUCCCUUGGUUUGACAAAUCUCAAUACUCCACCAGCAAUCCAACAACCAAUGAAUCCUUUUAUUUCACAUCGAGGUGGGACUUCAAGCAGUCAUACAGGAAGUCAUCCAAGUUCUUUAACUGGCAGUGGAACAGGUGCAGCAUACAAUGUAAUGGGAAUAAAUAAUAACUGUGUUAGUGAAAAUAAUGCUGCUACAAUAUGUGACGGUUUAAUAAUUGCAAGAAAUGGCUUACCAGGUUCUGAAAGUGGACCCGAAUCCGCAUUUGACAUGCCGCACUUACCAUUUGAAAUGAAAGGUCAUUCGAUGCAUCACCCGAUCCCUGUUAAUCUUCUACCAGACCACGUUGCACGACUUUCGGCUGCAGACAAUUUAUUAUUUUCACAAGAAUAUGAAUCUAUUGAAACUGAACAACAGUUCACAUGGGAAAAUUCUAAUCUUGAUGUGAAUAAACCGAAAAAUCGUUAUGCUAAUGUAAUUGCUUAUGACCAUUCCAGAGUUGUUUUACAAUCAAUCGAUUGUGUUCCCGGUUCUGAUUAUAUCAAUGCAAAUUAUAUCGAUGGUUACAGACGGAUGAAUGCUUAUAUUGCUACACAGGGUCCUACCCCCGAGACAUUUUCCGACUUUUGGCGUAUGAUAUGGGAACAACGUGUAUCAAUUAUCGUAAUGAUGACUAGAUUAGAAGAACGUUCUCGUGUCAAAUGUGAUCAGUAUUGGCCAUCACGUGGACCAGAAUCAUUUGCAAGUGGCCUCUUAUUGGUUAAACCUGUUGAUACCAUUGAAUUAGCCUAUUAUACUAUACGUACAUUUCACUUAACAGCUCGUGGAAUUGAAGAUGAAUGUAGAGAAGUUAAACACUUUCAAUUUACUGGGUGGCCAGAUCAUGGUGUUCCUGAAUAUCCUAUACCAUUAUUAUUAUUUAUUCGACGUGUUCGAGCUACACUAGCACCGAAUACAAAUAAUAUGUUUCAAUCCAAUCAUAAUGUAGAACAAGCACCAAUUGUUGUUCAUUGUUCUGCUGGCGUAGGAAGAACAGGUGCAUUCAUUGUAAUUGACAUUAUGCUAGAAAGAUUGAAAUAUGAAAAAACUGUAGAUAUUUAUGGUUGUGUUAAAGCAUUACGUAAACAACGUAAUUUUAUGGUUCAAACAGAAGAUCAAUACAUUUUCAUACAUUCAGCUCUUUUAGAAGUAAUUGAUGCUGGAAAUACUGAGGUACCAGCUAGAAAUUUAUCUGCUCAUAUUAAAAAAUUACGUAUGUUAGAUGCAACUGGUGGUUCAGGUAUGGAAUUGGAAUUUAAAAAAUUGGCACAGUUUCGAUUACCACAUGCUAAAUACACUUCAGCACAACAGGGUUGUAAUAAGAAUAAAAAUCGUCUAUUGAAUAUAUUACCAUAUGAAUCUACUCGUGUCCCAUUGCAACCUAUACGUGGUGUUGAAGGAUCUGACUACAUAAAUGCUAAUUUUGUGGAUAGUUAUCGUGAUCGAAGAGCAUAUAUUGCAACUCAAGCUCCAAUGGCAAAAACAGUGGAAGAUUUCUGGAGAAUGAUUUGGGAAUUGAAUUCUAACAUUGUUGUAAUGUUGACCGAUCUGAAUGAACGAGGUCGAGAAUGUUGUUAUCCUUACUGGCCAACAGAAAGAUCAUCUAGAUAUCAGUAUUAUGUUGUUGAUCCUAUGGUUGAAUAUAAUAUGCCAAAUUACACACUGAGAGAAUUUAAGCUAACAGAUGCACGUGACGGUCAAGCACGUACACUUCGCCAAUUUCAGUUUACAGAUUGGCCUGAGCAUGGUGUACCUGAGAGUUGCGAAGCAUUUAUUGAUUUCCUUGGACAAGUACAUAAAACCAAGGAACAAUUUGGACAAGAUGGUCCAAUUACUAUACAUUGCAGUGCUGGAGUCGGUAGAACAGGUGUAUUCUUAGCUUUAUCCAUUGUUCUUGAAAGAAUGAGACAUGAAGGAAUUGUAGAUAUGUUUCAAACUAUACGAAUGCUUCGAACACAACGACCUGGUAUGGUUCAAACUGAAGAUCAAUAUCAAUUUUGUUAUAAUGCAGUUUUAGAAUAUCUUUCAUCAUUUGAUCAUUAUUCAGUAUAAUUGUUGACAGAUGUCAACAUUAUCAAUCAGAUAGAUAGAUAAAAUGAGUUAUUUCUUAAAGAAGCAAAAUGAAUUGCCCUCUUCAUAACAAUUGAAAUUAGUCAAUAUUAAUUCCUAACGUACUAUUUACUUUCUGUUACUAAGAAGUUAUCUGUUGUAUUUUAUGCUUCCAGUUUUUUUAAUGUUCACUGAACCUUUAAUUCUGUAAAUUGUAUUACUACUACUACUACUACUAAGACACUGUGCUUUUCUUGUGUUUAAUAAUUAUUUACUCGGUUUCGACUUGUACGUCUACAUGUGUGUAUAUGUGUUUGUGUACAUUAGUCAUUUAAAACAUGUAACGUAAAGAAAUUUAUAUCCCGGUUUUAUAACCAGUUAACAAAACGUACAUUGUUUUUCAAUUAAGCUGCAUAAUUAAUUAGUCGGGGUCUAUAUAUCGAAUUACCAAUCAGACACUGGCUGUUCGUAUUAUUUAUUAGGUUCUUUUUAAAAAAUAUAAAAAAAAUCCUAUCAUUACUGUGCUUAUAAUUAUGUAAGAUUGGUUCUUCCAUGACUUGUCUACUAUCAUGUUGUUGUUUAUGUUUUCGCCAGAUUUUGUGGAUCACUUAUUUCUCUUUUCUUCUGUAUUUUGUUCCCUUAUUUCUAUGCUACUAAUCAUAGUUGCGUAUCGUUGUCUUUUAUAUUUCGCAACAAAAGUUUAUCAUCGUACUUUAUUCUCUUUUGGUUACUUAUAUGUGUCAUUUAAAUAAAAGAAACCACAAUUAAAUGAAAACUACAAUGUAAAUGCAUUUGUAGAUCCACUUUGCGUAAGUACACAAAAGCUGAACAAUAUUUGUGAUGAUGAAGGCAUAUAUAUAUGUACUGAUAGGUAUGUAUACAUUUUUAAUGUUAUAAUUGGGAACGUAACCGUUCCUAUGAAUAACACCAUUAUUAUUCCUAUUUUUUAUUUGAAAAGAAACUUUUAAUGAGCUUGUAAAGAUUUCCAUUUAUGAAUCUUAUGUCUACGUAUAUGUAUAAAUAGUAUUGAAUAUCAUGGGUUGUUGUUUUGUGAUUAUGAAAUUCUCUAUAAGAGCGCAUACCCCUCAUACCUACACAUACAUAUACAAAUGUUCAAAUAAUUGCAUACAUCAAAUGAUAUCAUUUUAAUUUUAUUUGAAAAAAACCUCAAUGUUACUACUCAUAUUGAAACAGUUAUUUUAACAAUUAAGCUUUACCGAUACACUACAAUAUGUAUUCUUAACUCUAUUUAGUACUUUUUAAGUAGUUGUUUUCAAACAAACAAAAAAAGCAAACAUAUUUAUGAGGUUUCAUGCGAGUAUAAAUGUAAGUUAACCAACCUUUAAAUAACUAUGAUAACAAGACUUUUAAAGAAAACAAAUUGAAAUCUAGUUAUUUUAUUCACUUUGCCCCCCCCCACAACUUCUUGUUCUUUUUCUUUAUGCAAGUUAAAUAAGACUGAGUUAAUCAUAAAACAAAACGUUUAAUGUGAACUUGUUAAAAAUCUUAAGAGAACAAUACUUAUUUGAAUAAGUUACGUAUCUUUUUAUUUCUUCAUGUUACAAUCUGUAUUUACCGCAAAAUAUCAACAAUAAUGAC